GUCUGCUGCUCUCCCACAAAACCCAUCUCUCCAUUUUCUGUUUUUUCGUUGAAUUUCAUCUCUCAAGACAAGGAAUGGAUUGUGUGAGCCCAAUCUUGGAUGUUGUCACUCGCGCAUGGAACUGCACAGCCAAGCAUGCAGUCUACAUCAGGGAUCUGCAGGAAAAUAUGGACUCGUUAAGAAACGCAAUGCAGGAGCUGAAGAACGCAUACCAGGAUGUGAAGGGAAGAGUUGAACUUGAAGAUCAAAGGCAAAUGAAGCGCACAAAUGAAGUGGACGGCUGGCUCCAUAGCGUCCUAGCCAUGGAACUAGGAGUCAACGAGAUCCUGGAGAAAGGCGAUCAGGAAAUCCAGAAGAAAUGCCCUGGAACUUGUUGUCCCAGAAACUGCCGGUCCAGCUACAAGCUUGGGAAGAAAGCGAGUAAAAAGCUGGGUGCUGUGACUGAAUUAAGGAACAAGGGACGCUUUGAUGUUGUGGCUGAUAGGUUACCUCAAGCUCCGGUGGAUGAGAGGCCGAUGGAGAAGACUGUGGGCUUAGAUCUGAUGUUUACAGAGGUUUGCAGAUGCAUCCAAGACGAGGAGCUGGGAAUUAUUGGGUUGUACGGUAUGGGGGGUGCCGGGAAAACUACCCUCAUGACCAAAGUGAAUAAUGAGUUCAUCAGAGCGAGCAAGAUCUUUGAAAUCGCCAUUUGGGUAGUAGUAUCCAGGCCAGCAAGUGUGGAAAAAGUACAAGAAGUCAUUCGCAACAAGUUAGACAUUCCUGAAGACAGAUGGAGAAACAGAACCGAGGAUGAAAAGGCAGUAGCAAUUUUCAAUGUCUUGAAGGCAAAAAGGUUUGUGAUGCUGCUAGAUGAUGUAUGGGAGCGGCUUGAUCUCCAAAAAGUGGGGGUUCCUUAUCCUAAUUCCCAAAACAAGUCCAAAGUAAUAUUAACAACCCGUUCUCUGGAUGUUUGUCGGGAUAUGGAAGCUCAAAAAAGCCUUAAGGUGGAGUGUUUGACAGAAGAUGAGGCUAUUAAUUUGUUCAAGAAGAAGGUUGGAGAGACUGCUCUAAAUUCACAUUCGGAUAUACCCCAACUUGCUGAAAUUGCUGCUAAAGAAUGCCAAGGCUUACCACUUGCAAUCGUCACUAUUGGGCGAGCUAUGGCUGACAAGAAGACUCCACAAGAAUGGGAGCAAGCAAUCCAAAUGUUGAAGACUUAUCCAUCAAAGUUUUCAGGAUAAGAUUUUGAAGAAUGGUCGGACUCAACUGAAACUUCUUUCAAAUGUUUGAAUUUCAGGAUGCUAAGUGUGCACAGGGUGGAUUGCAGAAAUAAACAUCCAAAGAGACAAAAAAAAAAAUAAAAAUAAAUAAUCCUUUGUGCUUAUAUUGUGUGUAAAGAUGAGUGAAAACAGCUCUUGUAUAUUUGGAUUGUAUGUAGGGUGCCAUACCAUGAAGCUACUGUAAUUUUUAUUCGCUUUAAUUGAU